AAAAUUCCUUCUCUCCUCACUUUCUAGACAUUGUUCAAAUACCCCAUCACCCGGUGCCUUGCUGCGCCAGCUGUGUAUCGAAUGAUUCUACAGCAGAUUUCUACCAGUCUCAGGUUCCCUGCCCUGGAGGACUGCAUUACUGGUGGGGAGGCUCUGCUGCCAGAGGAGCAAGAGGAGUGGAGAAGACGGACAGGCGUUCUGCUCUACGAGGUCUAUGGACAGUCAGAAACAGGAAUAAGUUGUGGCACUUUACGGGGAAUGAAGAUCAAGCCAGGUUCCAUGGGGAUAAGUAUCCCCCCCUUCGACAUCCAGAUCAUUGAUGAGAAGGGCAACAUCCUGCCGCGCAACACUGAAGGCAACAUUGGCAUCAGGAUCAAGCCAACCAAGCCCCUGGGCCUCUUCAUGUGCUAUGAGGACAACCCAGUAAAGACUGCCGAAGUGGAGUGUGGGGACUUUUACAACACUGGGGAUAGAGCAACUAUGGAUGAAGAGGGCUACAUAUGGUUCCUUGGGAGGAAUGAUGACAUCAUCAAUUCCUCUGGGUACCGAAUCGGGCCAGCAGAGGUGGAGAAUGCCCUGUCCGAACAUCCAGCAGUGGCUGAAUCAGCUGUGGUGAGCAGCCCAGACCCGAUUCGAAAGGAGGUGGUGAAGGCAUUUAUUGUCCUGACCCCGGAAUUCCUCUCCCAUGACCAGGACCAGCUCACCCAGGAGCUGCAGCAGUAUGUGAAGUCAGUGACAGCCCCAUAUAAGUACCCGAGGAAGGUGGAAUUUGUCCCAGAGCUGCCCAAAACCAUCACUGGCAAGAUUAAGAGAAGUGAACUUCGGAAAAAGGAGUUUGGUCAGAUGUAAUCAACAAAACACUCAGAAACCACUCUGUAAUCUUGACCACAUCCUUGACUGCCUCAGUUUCCCCACUAUGGAGAGGGUGAGGAGGGGAAUGUAGAGCACUGUUUUGUAGCAUCAGGAGUGCCAAUGUUCUAGCAUUUUUGUUCUCUUAAUUAAUAUGUUAUUGUCUUCCCUCCACAUCCCUGGGUAAGUGCUCCAAAUGUGGUCUGGUAAUAAAACGUUGACAUCAGCA